AUGGCUCGAGUUCGUAGCAAGUCCAAGGAUGCGGAAGUUCGGGCAAAACCACUCACUAAAAGCGGCGUCGUGAAGAAAACGCCAGUCAAACCUACCGCGAAGCGAGGAAGGACUACGUCCACACCGCCGCCACCACCACCACCAACAACAACCAGAUCGUCUCGGUCGCAGUCAAGAACCCGCCGUCCAAGCUACCAAAUCCAGGAGGCACAAUUCAGUGACAACAAAUCCAAGUCCGUUAGCAAGGAUGACGAUCAACUCGUCCCCCUAGACAAGAACAUUUCGUCGGAUGAGCUGGUUCAAACGGCUGUGCCGGCCACGAAACUGCCGCGCAUCUACUGGAUCACAAACUAUCGAGAGCUGUCGCCUCCAUGGAUAGGAUGCUCGGAUUUUGUACCACCUGUGUAUGUUGAGUAUUUGAUGCGCUCCAAGAAGAGACUAGCACUGGGCAGAAAAUGGGAGGAGGGGAAGAAUGAUAAGAUCACAAACAUGGAGGGUGCUCUGCACACCUUUGUUACCUCCAUCGAGCUGGCCUGGCUGCAUGGCGAGAGGGGUUAUAACAAAGGUCACACCUUCACCCCCUACCCGCACAGCGGCAAGUUCAGAAGUGGGCGACAAGUCCUGGUGAGCAACAUGAUACAUCAGGACUUUGAAAAUGGUGCAGUUAUGAUGGUACUGUCCGCCUUGACGACCGAGGAGACGACUUUGGGCGGGGACUUCAAUGUCCCUUCUACCAAGGAGAAGCAAUCUCGCAAUAUCCGGAACGAGUAUGAUGAUGCAUUGCGCCGGCUGAUGGUGCAUCACUUGACUCUGGACGGCCAGCUUCCGAGUAUCGAAGAAGGCAGCACCACAGCCAUGUCGCGCGUCCAAGCCAAGGCUUUCCUUGCCAACAAGGUGCUCAAAGUCGCUUGCACCAAUGUUCUGGAACAAGUCAAGAACAAGUUGUUUUGGCUACGCAAUGCUACCCUCAAGUCCAAGACGGACCGGCCACUGCUCUCGCUCGAGAUCCUUGUUGCAACUGCGUUCCAUCAAUUCCGGAAUGAGAUGGAAACCCUGGAGAAGGUUUGUCCCCAGGGCUACGUUUACACCUUUUCUGCACCGAAGAUUUUCAUUGGGGCGUUCGGUCCAGAUGAUGGCCUCAUGGCAUGCAUCUACGCCGCUGGACUCAAGCACUACAUCCAGACCACGAAGCUCAAGAAUAUGCGAGUCUUCCAGGUCCCUGAUAUUCCAGGAGAAUGGACUUCCUGGAUGAAAAUGGCAAUGUCGGAGGCAGCAGGAGUGCAGAUAAUGACAAGACCAGAGUUGUACAGCAACAAGAAGACCCCUCUUGACAGCUACAGCCCACCAUCUGCAGGUACCAUGCUUGUGUUGCACAAUUGCUCAGAUGCAUUUGGGCAGAACAUUCGGUACGAAUCAGGAGUUGGAAGUCUGGAUGCCAUCAUUGGACGAUUCACGAGUGCGGCAGGAAGCCUGAUCAGUAGUCGCGAGGACCUCGUCAGUAGAGUCGCAGUGUUUGGCGAGUAA